AUGGACCUCCCACGCCUAAUCACCAUUCGUAUGGAAUAUCUUUUCUUGAACAAAAACAGACUACCCACGCGCGAUCUCUCAAGCCUCUUCUCGCGUUUCAAGCAGUCAUACGAGACCACAGCGACGGCCGAAAAUCUCGCCAGAGGUAUGCUGGAGGACGAUGCGUGGCCAGAGCGGGAAGCCUUUUUGAUCUCGAAACCUCAUCCGCGUAAUGUCUAUCGUGUCGCCACAUUCGUUUGGACGAUCGACCCAGACGGCAAGGCGCUCUUGGUCACGAAUCAGGCCACGGAUGAGGACUCCAUCAUGGCAAAUGUCGCCACGUUGCAAUCCGACGUCGAUUCGACGGAGUCAGAAGGCGAAGAGCAAGCUCUAGCAUACCAGAACUUCUACGAGCAGAAGUGGGAAGCAGAAAGCAGCUUGCUCAAAUUCCACGAGCCCGCGGACCUGCAGUCGAAAUGCACGGAGUACGCACCCGACGACAUAGCUUCGGCAUGCACCGCUUGUCCUCGGACCCCAGCGAUGGUCGUGCAGGAUGAGAUACGGCGGGAGAUCGCUGAGCGUGCUCGAGAGGCGAGAAGAGUGGAACGGGUGGAACGGGCUAGGAGAGCGGCUGAGGGAGCUUGA